AUGUUUUCGCCUGGAUCCAGUCGGAAGCCAUUGCUCAGGUCAACUUCUGAUCGUCCAACCAUGAGGAAUUUGCCACUUUUUCUUUUCCUUUUCGGGCUUGUUUUCUUUUUUUAUUUAUUCUACAUCUACCAGGCUCAAUCUACCGAGUUGGCUAUUCUCAGAGAGCAACUUGAAAACUUGCAACAAAUAAAUGUCAAUACUAAAAAACAGUUAAUAGAUGCCAAGGCUGAAAUAGAGAAGUUCAGGAAUGUUGAAGAAGCCAUGAAAAACGAAAAUGUCGAAUGUAUUAACAAGUUUGAUGAAUGUACAACACAACUUCGGAAUGCUAAACUCAAAGUUGACAACGAUGUUUUAGAAAAAAAUAAAUUGGAACGUACGAUCAAAGACAAAGAAGAUUUAGUUAUUGAACUUCGUAGGAGUGUGGCGGAGGGCGAAAGAAACACAACUUCUUUAAAAAGUUUACUUUCAUCUCAAGAAGUGAUUUCCAGACAGUUGAACGAAAAAGUUGAGAUUCUCAAGAAAGAAAUGGCCGCCUUAAAAGGAACGGCCAAUUCUCUUUCCAGAAAUAUUGAAAAUCCAGUAAACGAGCAGGUUCCCCAAUUCAAAGUACACGAAACCGCCGUGGAAGUUACAACAACCUUAUCGAGCGCUGUCCUUAAUUCCUUCGACUUGGUUGCUCAGAGGCCACACGAAGGCGAGGUUCCUCAGCUAGCCUUACCUGUUGGUCCAGGAGAUCGCGUUAAGUUGGAGGAUCAAGCUGAAGAGCCAGCGAGAGACGCUGACAAAUCUCUGGCUAGAGAUGAGGACUAUAAUGAGAAGAAACAUCCUCCCGCACCAGAUACCCUACUGGAAAAUGGAGGGGAACAACUAUAA